UCGGUGAUUUAAUUGUUUUUCAUUUAUUCAUUUAACUUCACAUUUUGAAUCGUGCUAAACACAACCAAGAAAAAAUUGGUUGAUUAAUCUUCAACAAGACUCAGUAAAAGUGGUGAGUUGGAGCAACCUCUUUUGUCAAUUGUGAUUAAUUGUCCUCAUAUUUAAGAAUUUAAUUGUUAAAUCGAUUAAUUGAAUCAUGAUUGAUUCAAAUUAUCCGUCAUCAAGCAUACAAACUGACAUGGAUCUGGUCCCUGCCAGUCUACUGUAUGCAUCUUCACUUGAUCUGUUGUCCAGCCAUCAUGAAGUUUAUGACUAUGGUGACUUUGAGAAUCAAAAUAAUCUCAACAAUAUUAAUUUGACUGAUUUGUCCUUUCCCGAGUUACCUAACUUUAAUAAUAACUUCAAUAAUUGUCAAUAUUCAAACAGUCAGUCAAACCACUACAAUCUAACCUCGUUCAGCAACCAGUUGGUGGAAAGUGAUGGACCAACUUUAAUUCCUACUGAAACAACAAUCUCAACUUCAUCUUCUGUAUCGACUUGUUCAUCAUCAUUUGACCAUCAUUAUCACCGACCACUUUCCACAACAAGUCUUGACUCGUUGGAUGCUUCACGAUCAAUUGAUGGCUGUAAACGCGAUCUAAUCAAAGCAACACUCAACUUUGCCAUCCAAAGCCGUAGACGGUCUUUAGGUUUAGGUGAGAUUGAACUGAGCCAAGCUAAAAAUCAAGAUUCUCGUCCCUCAAGCUGGACUGAUGAAGCCGAUGAAAAGAAAAUUUCUCGCAGAGAAAGGAAUCGAAUCGCUGCUAGAAAAUGUCGGAAAAAUCGUAAACUGAAAUUCAUUGCACUGAAUAAGGCAAAGGAGAAUCUGGAUAACGCCAAUACCAAUUUAAGAGAGGAGUUAAAAAAAUUGAAAAGGGAAACUGGACAACUUGAAGGUCUGUUGACCUCUCACCAAUCUCAAUGUUAUUUGAUUUCCUGGUCCUUUCAACCAACUCUUAAUUCAACAGAAUCAUCAUGGUCAUCAUCUCCUCAGCUGUUUUAUCAAUCACAAUCUUCGUAAUCUUCAACAUAAUCAUCACGUGCUAAUUGCGCAAAAAAUAAAUUGAAAUAUAUUUAUUAGUUGUUUUCUUACAAAUAAGAUAAAAUGCCGUCCAAGACAGCUUCAUUUUGUAUUUAUUAAUCUAAUUGUAAAAUGGAUUCACCAUUUGAUUUUAUUCAAUAAGUUUUUGGCAUUCAAAUAUGAAUAACUCAAGAACUCAUAAUAAGCAUAAUAC